ACCAAAACAUUGUGCAUAUUUUUCUUCAUUACAAACAAACUGCUCUGAUUAAUUAUAUGCAACUUCACUCUCCAGUUGCUUUAAUCAAAUCCCAAGCCUGCUACAUCAAAUUCCAAAACGGACAAGAGAGAAACUCCAUAAGCAUGGAUACAAGCCUGCAGGCCCUUAUUGGUCUGCUCCCUCAACUUCACUCUCCGGCUGCUUUAAUUAAACAGCAGCUAGCGACUUUUAUCUUGGCAGGCAACACCAAGAGUUUGAUUACAUAUAUGUCAUGUAUGUAUACCAUGGGGUAUCCUACACCAAGAAGAACACAUAUUCAUGGCAAAAGCAGCCAUGGACACGCUUCAAUUAGCCUGCAUCCAGAUAGCCAUAGCCUUGCUCUUGUUCACUCAAGCCAAGAGCACCACAGAGGACACAUCUGCCCUGCGUCCAAAUGAUACGGUCACCAGCUGUAUUGCCGGUGAGAGGUCUGCCCUUCUCGCCUUCAGGGCAGGUCUAUCAGACCCCGCCAACCUCCUUCCGUCAUGGAAGGGUGAUGACUGCUGCCAAUGGAAGGGAGUCUACUGCAGCAACAGAACCGGCCAUGUUGUCAGGCUCGAUCUCCAAGGAACUGAUUGUGAACUCGGUCAUCACAGUACACAUGUGUUAGCAGGAAACAUAAGCCCCUCAUUGCUUGGUUUAAAACAUUUAUGGUAUCUCGAUCUCAGCUGCAACAGAUUCGAUAAGAUACCGGAGUUCAUGGGUUCUCUCCAUAAGUUGCGUUAUCUCGACCUAUCAUGGUCACAGUUCAUUGGAAGGAUACCAUCAGAGCUGGGUAAUCUCUCCAACUUGCGAUACUUAAAUCUUGGGUUCUCCUCAUACGGUAUUUUUGAUUAUUCUUUCCAUAAUGGCACAUACUCCACAGAUAUCACGUGGUUGUCACGGUUAACUUCCCUUGAGUACCUGAAUAUGGACCACGUGAACCUUAGAACAAUUGUUAACUGGCUUCCAUUGGUGAACAUGCUUCCAACUCUGAAAGUUCUUACUCUUUCCUCUUGCCAGCUUAGAACUAACCCUGAUUCUCUUCAGCUGUCAAAUCUGACAUCGCUUCAAACACUAGAUCUUUCAGACAACCACUUCCAUAAGCGUAGCACGCCCAACUGGUUUUGGGAUUUAACCAGCCUCAUGCAUCUAGACAUCUCGUUCAAUGGUUUCUAUGGCCCGUUUCCAGAAAAGAUAGGUAAUAUGACUUCCAUUCUGGAGCUUGAUUUAUCAUAUAAUAAUCUUGUGGGCAUGAUACCAUCCAAUAUGAAGAGCCUAUGUAAUUUGGAGACAUUGGCUGCUUCCGGGAACAAUAUGAACGGGAGUAUAACAGAAUUAUUCCAUCGAUUACCCCGUUGUUCAUGGAAUAAACUACAAGACUUGUUUGUACUAGAGAGUAAUCUGACUGGAAGUCUGCCAUCUAGACCGGUACAAAGAUUAAGCAACCUGAGCCAGCUGUAUCUCGCUGAAAACAGUCUCACUGGUCACGUGCCACUGUGGAUAGGAAAGCUCAGAAAGCUAACAAGUUUGGUCCUUUUCUCCAACAACCUGGAUGGGGUCAUCCAUGAAGGCCAUUUAUCACGUCUAGAGAUGUUAGAAGAAUUGGUAUUGUCAGACAACUCCAUAGCCAUCGCAGUGAGUCCAACUUGGGUUCCUCCUUUCAGUCUUACAACAGUUAACCUUCGGUCUUGCCAGCUAGGACCUAAAUUUCCAACAUGGCUUAGAUGGCAGACACAGGUAACGAGUCUUGAUAUAUCAAACACAAGCAUAAAUGAUAUAAUACCGGAUUGGUUUUGGACAACAGCUUCCUCAGUAUAUUUUCUGAAUAUCCAAAAUAAUCAGAUUACAGGAUUCCUACCAUCAACAAUGGAAUUUCUGAGAGCAAGACAAAUGGAUUUCAGUUCUAACCAGCUUGGUGGUCUAAUACCUAAGCUUCCCAUCAAUAUAAAAGGCCUGGAUCUUAGUCAGAACAGUUUUGUUGGCCCACUACCAAUAGACUUUGGAGCACCAAGACUUCAAACACUUCUUCUAUAUAACAAUAUGAUCUCUGGCGCCAUUCCUUCUUCUUUGUGCAAGUUGCGAUCAUUGCGGCAAUUAGAUCUAUCAAGAAAUAAUCUCAAUGGGUCAAUUACUGAUUGCCUAGUCAAUGAGUCCAGCACAAACAUGACAGAUCUGAGUAUCACUAAUCUAAGCUUAAGAAACAACAACCUCUCGGGUGCAUUUCCAUUGCUGCUGCAGAAAUGUACACGACUAAUAUUUCUUGAUCUCAGCAAUAAUCAGUUCUCUGGGACUUUACCAGCAUGGAUUGGGGAGAAGCUACUGUCUUUGUCAUUCUUACGACUGAGAUCUAAUAUGUUUCAUGGUCACAUUCCAGUCGAGCUUACGAAGCUUGUUAAUCUACAAUAUUUGGACCUUGCGUACAACAAUAUAUCAGGGAGCAUACCGAGAUCUAUUGGUAAUUGCACAGGCAUGACACAAACAAGAGGCAACUCUGAUAAUCUUCGGUAUGCCUUCAAUUAUAUAUCCGGGAUUGAUGACAAUUUACUAGUUGUCUACACUGAGAAUUUUACAGUUCUCAUGAAAGGUCAAGAGAGACUAUAUACAGGAGAAAUUAUAUAUAUGGUGAACCUUGAUUUAUCUUGUAACAACCUUACCGGAGAGAUUCCCGAAGAAAUCAGCACUCUUAUAGAAUUGAAGAACCUGAACUUAUCAUGGAACAACUUCAAUGGAAAAAUCCCUGAGAAUGUUGGUGCAUUAAUGCAAGUGGAGUCACUCGACUUAUCGCACAACGGUUUGUCUGGUGAAAUCCCUUCAAGCUUAUCGGCACUCACGUCACUGAGUCGCCUGAACCUUUCUUACAACAAUCUGAGAGGAAAGAUACCAACUGGAAAUCAACUGCAAACACUCGAAGACCCAGCAUCUAUUUAUAUUGGCAACCCCGGCCUCUGCGGUCCUCCUCUCUCUGUAAAUUGUUCGUCACAGCCCGAUCCAAUUCCAGGAGGAAACCAUGGAGAUGCAAGUGACGACUUGGUUUCCUUUUUCCUCGCCAUGGGCUCUGGAUAUGUGAUGGGUCUCUGGGUGGUCUUCUGUACAUUCUUGUUCAAGAGGAGAUGGAGAGUUUCGUGGUACUCUGCUCUGUGACAGCCUGUAUGAUUGGGUUUAUGUGCAUGUGGCUGUUACCUGGGCUUCCUUGAGAGGUAAAAUUAAU